CAUCUCCAAGAACAUUUUCCACGGGAGAGCCAAAUAACGUCAGUGAUUGCUCGCCACCGUCGGAAAAAUAGGUCUCGUUGUGUCUUCCCCCUAGUAGUGACCAGCCUCGGCAGCAGGGAUCAGCCAUGCCGUUCGGAAACACCCACAACGCGCUAAAGAUGAAGUACCCUUCUAGUGAGGAGUACCCAGAUCUCAGCCAGCACAAUAAUCAUAUGGCCAAGAUCUUGACUCCUGCCAUCUACGAGCGUCUGAGGAGCAAACAAACGCCCAGUGGUUUUACAUUGGAUGAUGUCAUUCAAACCGGGAUUGAUAACCCAGGCCAUCCCUUCAUCAUGACUGUGGGAUGUGUGGCUGGAGAUGAGGAGACAUACGAGGUCUUCAAGGAGCUGCUGGAUCCCAUCAUUGAGGACAGACAUGGAGGAUACAAGCCUACAGACAAGCACAAGACCGACCUCAACCCAAACAACCUGAAGGGUGGAGAUGACCUGGACCCCAACUACGUCCUUAGCUCCCGUGUCCGAACAGGAAGGAGCAUCCGGGGGUUCUGUCUGCCCCCACACUGCAGCCGUGGAGAGCGAAGGGGCGUUGAGAAAAUGUCUGUUGAAGCUCUGGACUCCCUGUCCGGUGACCUGAAGGGGAAGUACUACGCCCUGAAAAACAUGACAGAUGCCGAGCAGCAGCAGCUGAUUGAUGACCACUUCCUGUUUGAUAAGCCAGUGUCUCCUCUGCUGCUGGCCUCUGGCAUGGCCCGGGACUGGCCCGAUGGCAGGGGGAUCUGGCACAAUGAUACCAAGACCUUCCUGGUUUGGGUCAACGAGGAGGACCACCUGCGUGUCAUCUCCAUGCAGAAGGGUGGCAACAUGAAGGAGGUGUUCAACCGUUUCUGUACUGGCCUCACAAAGAUUGAAACCCUGUUCAAAGAUAAGGGCACUUCAUUCAUGUGGAACGAGCACUUAGGCUACGUGCUCACCUGCCCAUCCAACCUGGGAACAGGGCUGCGUGCUGGAGUCCACGUCAAGAUCCCCAACAUGAGCAAGCACGCCAAAUUCGAGGAGGUACUCAAGAGGCUAAGGCUUCAGAAACGUGGAACAGGUGGAGUGGACACCGCAGCCGUGGGUGGCACCUUCGACAUCUCCAAUGCCGAUCGCCUGGGAUUCUCCGAGGUGGAGCUGGUGCAGAUGGUUGUGGAUGGAGUCAAGCUGCUGGUUGAGAUGGAGAAGAAGCUGGAGAAAGGCCAGUCUAUCGACAACAUCAUGCCCGCCCAGAAGUGAAAACUCUUGUGAUUGCUUCCCUUUGCCAUCUGAAUGAAUGUGUGACACUAUCCCGGAAUGCACUUACUCUCUCACAAGGUCAUCUAUCAUUGUGAUAGUGGAUCUGAAAAUAAAAAAACUGUUUCAA